ACGAAGACAAGCAGAUAGAUGGAGUGGAGUGGGGCAAGCAUGUUGGGUUGAUUAAGAUAAUUGAUUGAUUAAGCAUCCACAAUUAACAGCCUUAAGCCAGUUGUGCCUCCUAAUCAGUGAGUGUUGAGGGAUACCCUGUCAAGAAUACUACCCAAAUCUUUCUUUUCUGUUUUGGAUUUGAAAAUGCCAAACUAGUGAGCUAAGAGGCCUUGAAAAAGGAGGGACAGAGAGCAUGAUGAGUAGCAUGGAGGACAAUUAGUGAAGGAUACAGGGAAUCAAUUUAAGGUCAUGGAAAUUAUAAACUAGGCCCUCUUGUGCAUUUUGUGCUCAAAGUUGUUCUCUCUUUACCAUCUUUGUCUGAGCUCUAUCUUUUUCUCGAAAGCUUCCUUUUUCGGCUAUAUGUUCAUAAACACCAUUUCCCCUGAACACUCCAUUCCUGUCUAAAACACACUUUCUCCAAAAUCUCUAGAAUGGCUGACCAUGAUGCCAAAGAAGAACAAAGGCCCCUCAACCAAUGGAAGAGAAGCAAAGGAGGAUUCAUGGCUUCCAUGUUCAUUUUUGUCUUGUCAGCAUUGGACAACAUGGGUUUUGUGGCAAACAUGGUGAGCAUAGUCCUAUACUUUUAUGGAGUGAUGCACUUUGAUCUGGCCAGCUCAGCCAACACCCUCACAAACUUUAUGGGUUCAACCUACUUGCUUUCCCUCGUUGGAGGCUUCAUCUCAGAUACUUACUUGAACAGAUUCAUCACAUGCUUGCUUUUCGGAUCACUGGAGGUUCUGGCUUUGGCAAUGCUCACAGUUCAGGCUGCUUCAAGUCAUUUACACCCUGAAGCCUGUGGCAAAUCAAGCUGCGUCAAGGGUGGCAUAGCAGGGAUGUUUUACACAUCACUGUGCUUGUUGGCAUUGGGAAUGGGAGGGGUGAGAGGAUCCAUGACUGCAUUUGGUGCUGACCAAUUUGAUGAGAAGGAUCCAACUGAGGCAAAAGCCCUUGCCAGUUUUUUCAACUGGCUUUUGCUGAGUUCAACAGUGGGAGCAAUAACAGGAGUCACUGGUGUUGUGUGGGUUAGCACCCAAAAAGCAUAGCAUUGGGGUUUUUUCAUAAUAACCAUUGCUUCCUCUGUUGGGUUUGUGACCCUUGCUCUUGGUAAGACAUUCUACCGCAUCAAAACUCCAGGAGACAGCCCCACUUUGAGAAUUGCUCAGGUUAUUGUUGUGGCUUUUAAGAACCGAAAGUUGUCACUGCCGGAGUCACAUGGAGAACUAUAUGAAAUCAGUGAUAAAGAUGCUACAACAGAAAAGAUUGCCCACACCAACCAAAUGAGGUUUCUAGACAAAGCGGCAAUUAUCCAAGAAAACUCAAAACCCGAAGCAUGGAAAGUGUGCACAGUGACACAAGUUGAAGAGGUGAAGAUCCUAACAAGAAUGUUACCGAUAGUAGCCAGUACCAUUAUACUGAACACUUGUAUGGCACAGCUUCAAACAUUCUCAGUUCAACAAGGGAAUAUAAUGAACCUGAAACUUGGGUCCCUCACAGUGCCUGCACCAUCCAUUCCCGUUAUCCCCCUUGUCUUCAUAAGUGUCCUAGUUCCAUUGUAUGAAUUAUUUUUUGUGCCAAUUGCAAGAAAAAUCACUCACCACCCUUCAGGCAUAACACAGCUCCAAAGGGUAGGGGUGGGGUUGGUACUCUCAGCAAUAUCAAUGGCAGUGGCUGGGGUUGUGGAAGUGAAAAGAAGGGACCAAGGAAGGAAAGACCCUUCUAGGCCUAUAAGCCUAUUUUGGCUUUCAUUUCAGUAUGGUAUAUUUGGCAUUGCGGAUAUGUUCACCCUUGUGGGAUUAUUGGAAUUCUUUUACAGGGAAUCACCUGCUAACAUGAAAUCACUUUCAACCUCUUUCACGUGGUUGUCUACAGCUCUUGGUUACUUCUUGAGCACAGUCUUUGUCAAUGUCAUCAAUGCUGUCACCAAAAGGAUCACUCCAAGCAAACAAGGGUGGUUGCAUGGCUUCGACUUGAACCAAAACAACCUUAACUUGUUCUAUUGGUUCCUAGCCACCCUCAGUUGCCUUAACUUUUUUAACUACCUCUAUUGGGCCUCAAAAUACAAGUACAAAUGUGAAGACUCCGGUCCAGGUUUUAAGGCUUUGGGUGAAAUGCCUCUCAAAAGGGUUGAGAGAAAAGAAGAUUACGGCAGUGAUAGAGAAUGAAAGGAAGCAAAAAGGAUUAUCAGUGGAUAUUCAAUAGAAUAAGCAUGUAUAAGAGGCUGCUAUGAUGUACUGAGCUUGGGAUGUGGAAGUAGUUAACUAGUGCUUGAAAUCUCUAUUGUGCUAUGUUUGCUUGUAUGCUUGAUUUCUUUUUGUUGCCUCUGGAACUGUGUCCAGACUUUCAAAGGUUUUCUUUUUUAACUUGUUUCUUUUUCCAUUUAAGCUCAUUCACCUGGUUUUGUUAUAGCCUAAUGGCCAUUAAGCGAUGUUAGUUUAAUA